AUGGCUUAUGAUGACUCCAAGAAGAAAGAAGAGUUCCUAGAGAGUGACCGAAGUGUUGAUGACGUGGGGCUGGCAACUGGCAAGAUACAGCGAGAUAAAAAGCGCUCUUACAAAGAUCUGGUGCAAGAGGAAGAUGAGAUAGCGACUCAGGUCAGGAAGCCCUCAGAGAAACGGUUGAAGGACAGUGACCUUUUUCCGGGGACAGAACCUCACAAAAAGAAAAGAAAGCACUCCUCCGAUGAGUUCUGCCACAGAAGUGUUCCGCCUUUGGAUCUACCAUCAAAGAAGAAGAAAAAAGCAGUUUCUAGCCCAUCCUCAGCUGAUACAACCAUGGAUUUAGUCAAGGUUAUCACCUCACCUUUGGCCACAAGCUCAAAGUCUUCAAAGAAGACCUCUGAAAAAUCAUCUCAUUCUUCCUCUGGCCAUUCCGAAAGCAAAAAAGAGCACCACAAGAAGAAGCUGAGUGGGAGUAGUGGGGAGCACUCAGUGGACGAUGGCAGCUUCCACAAAUCUAAAAAAAUGAAACCUCUCUAUGUGAACACAGAGACACUUACACUUCGUGAACCUGAUGGCUUGAAGAUGAAGCUCAUCCUUUCACCAAAAGAGAAAAGUAGCACAGCAGAUGAUGAUUCUUUCUCCUACUCUUCAGCACCAGCAGCUGCAAAGAAAUCUUCAAAGAAAUCAGCUCGAGACGAGCAAGGCUCAUUUCUUCUGGGUCAUGAACUGCAGAGCUUCCUGAAGUCAUCCCGGAAGAAGCACAAACCACCUCCAGACCCACAUCCACCCUCUGACAGUUUUGGUGCUGACACCUCUCUUUUUUCAGAGGGCCAUGGGAAUGAGUAUGAGAUAUCAGGUAUGGAGGCACCACCAGAAUCUGGUUCCUCUUCUGGUGGGGAGUUGGAGGCUGGAGAGCUAGUGAUAGAUGACUCCUACCGGGAAAUCAAGAAGAAGAAGAAGUCAAAAAAAAGUAAGAAAAAAAAAGACAAGGAGAAACACAGAGACAAGAAGCACUCUAAGUCCAGAAAAAGUUCUGGACAUGCUCCUGUGGCAGUACCAGAAGUAACAGUGUCACCACCACCUCCUCCCGGUACCUCCUAUGUUCUUCCUCCACCCCCUCCUGCUGUUUUUCACUCAGAUGGUCAAGGUGAGAAGAGGAGGAAAAAGGAAGACAAGGAGAAGGAUAAAGAAAGAGAAAGAGAAAAACCAAAGAAGAAAAACAUGUCUGCCUAUCAAGUGUUCUGUAAGGAAUAUCGUACAACUAUUGUGUCUGAGCACCCUGGAAUAGAUUUUGGAGAGCUAAGUAAAAAAUUGGCAGAGGUGUGGAAGCAGCUACCUGAGAAGGAUAAACUGAUCUGGAAACAGAAAGCUCAGUAUCUCCAACACAAGCAGAAUAAAGCAGAGGCCACCACUGUGAAGAGAAAGGCAUCAUCUUCAGAUGUUGCACCAAAAAUAAAAGCUUCUCCAACAGGAGUGGUUUCCCCUCAUAAGAAAUCCCCCACGAGCACCGUGGUGGUGUCUUCCUCACCAGCCAAAGUCCCUGACACAGAUCCUAUUGAUGUAGCUGCACACUUACAGUUGCUGGGUGAAUCUCUGAGCCUCAUUGGACACAGACUGCAGGAAACAGAGGGAAUGGUGGCUGUUUCAGGAAGUUUGUCAGUCCUUCUAGAUUCAAUUGUCUGUGCUUUGGGCCCAUUAGCAUGUCUGACCACGCAACUACCUGAGUUGAAUGGCUGCCCUAAGCACGUUUUGUCAAACACACUAGACAACAUCGCCUACAUCAUGCCUGGACUUUGACGGCAAAGGAUCCUGGGAUGUACUCAACCUCUGCGUAACUGACUUGCGUACAUAUGCACUACGCCGGCACUCCCAAAGGGCUCCGUGUGUAGGGUUUUAAAAUUUUUUAUCUGUAUAGUAUAUGCAUAGGA